AUGGGGGCGCGCAGGGGGAAGGGGAGCUACACCAUGGGGAGCGCGCAAGGGCGAGAGGGGGGAAAAGGGGAGGCGGCAAAGGCGGAGGCGGAAGCGGAAGGGGAGGGAGGGAAGGGGGUGAGAGGGGAGGGGGAUGGGGAAGUGAAGACGGGGGGGCGGGGAAGAGGCAAAAGCGGAGGGGAAGGGCCAGGAGGGGAAGAUGGGGCAGGAGGAGGGAAAGGUGCUACGACGUCUGCCAUCCGAACCUCCUCGUCAGCAGGCCGAGCCUCGGCGCUAGUUUCGGCGGCAGCGCUGGCUCGGGACCGCCACUCCAAGGUGCCAACGGCCCGGGGCAUGCGCGAUAGGCGAGUGCGCUUAUCAGCGCCGGCAGCAACAUCAUUUUAUGAUGUGCAAGAUAGGCUCGGCGCGGAUACCCCCUCUGCUGCUCUCGAGUGGCUGCUGUAUCAUGCCCAGCAUGCCAUAGCUCGGUUGCCGAAGCAGCCCGCACGUUCGGGAGGUCGAGGCUCGGCAGGAGGUCCGGAAGGAGGUGCGGGGUUAGGUGCGGAAGAAGAGACUGCCGGGUUUGGCGGAGGCGGUGGUGGUGGUGGUGGUGGUGGUGGUGGUGUUAGGGGUAGUGUGGGCAUUCGUGCAUGUGCUGGUGUCAUUGGCUUCGGAGCGAGUUAUUUUCCUGGAGUGAUUUACCCCAGCGGUUACCCCGGUAACCUUCCCAGCAGUCUCCCAGGACUUACUGGUAUGGCUUUUGGGGGAGUAGCAGCAGCAUCACCAGGAGUGUUUGAUGCGCGAGAAGGGGCAAGAGAGGCAGAAGAGGCAGGAAGAGUGGGCGGGGUGGGAGGAGUGGAGGGGAGAGGGGGAGAAGGUAGAAGAGGAAUUGGUUUGGGUGGGGAGGAGGGAGGGAGGGAAAGGGGACUGGUAAAGGAGGGAGAGGCAGCUAGGGGCAUGUCUGCUAUAUCUGCCCCUGAGGCUGGACGCAGGCAGCUAUUCAAGGCACGGAAUGAGGCUCAAGUAAAGGCUUCAUCCAGGGCUGCCGCCGCGGAAGGGCUUAGUGCACAUGCCGCGGGCUACAACGCACCUCGAGAGAAGGCUGGAGAACAGCUGGUUCAACGGCAGGCGCAGGUUUUCCCCCACCCUCUCAGCUCCCCUGCUCCUCUUUCUCCUCCUCCUCCCGCUGGUUCUGCCACUCCUGCUCCUCCUGCUGUCGUUCCUGCUGCUUCUUCUGCUGAUGCUGUUCCUGUUGCUGCGGCGGCUGCUUCUCCUCGACCUCCACCUCCUCCUCCUCCUCCUGCGGCGGCUGCUGCUGCUGCUGCGGCUGCUGCUGCUGUUGCUGCUGCUGCUUCUGCCGCAGUUGCUCCCUUCCCUCCUCCUGUUCCUGCUGCCACUGCUCCUCCAUUUCCUCCUCCUGCCACUUCUUUCCCCAAGGCUUCAGUUCUUUCUCCAACUCCUCUUCUGUCUCUCCCACCUCCUUCCAUCCCUCUUUCCUCUCAUGGAACACCUCCCAAGUUCUCUCCAACCCCGAUUCUGUCACACCCACCUCCUUCCAUACCCCCUGCAUCUCUCUCCUCUCCCACCCUCCCUCCCCGUUUUCCCUGGGACGAGGAGUUUUCUCUCCUGAGCGCCAGAGGGAGCUUAAAUGCCCCAGGUGCCCCUUCAGGCGAACCCUCAGGUGCCCCGUCUGUUGCUCCUGGUGGUUUUCCUGAUGUCCCAGGAGCCUUGGGCUUGUCUCGUUCUGAGCGGUUCUCUCCUGGGGGAAUUGCAGGGGUAAGCAGGGGAGGGUAUGGGGCAGAGGGUUACAGUGUAACAGGUUACACAUCUGGUGGUUACAUGCAUGAGAAUUACAUGCCUGGAAGUUACCCAUUAGGGGGUGGUGGGUACAACAUAGGAGAUUUGAGUGCUGGUGGUGGGUUCGUUGGGAGUGGCGUUGCUGUUGGGAGUGGCGUUGCUGUUGGGAGUGGCGUUGCUGGUGGGAGUGGCGUUGCUGGUGCGAGUGCCAUUGGUGGUGUGAGUGGUGCUGCUGGUGUGAGUGGUGUAGCGGUCUCAACGGCAGCUUUUUCGAGUGACAGCGUUGAUGGUACCCGCUGGAGCAUGCACUCGCAUGCUGCCGGCAUGCACUCCCAUGCUGCAGGGUCUGGGAGUGGCAUUUCUCCUCGGGAGUUGGCUUUCGGCUUCCCACGGUUCAACAACAUGCCUUUCCAGGGCCAGCAUGGCUUGCAGCAGCAGCAUGAAAUGUCACACCCGCAUGGCUUGCCGCACCCGCAUGACAUGCCACAUGACACACACCAUGCCAUGUUGCAUGACAUGCACAUGCCCGCGCACAUGCCCAUGCAUGUGCCCUCACAUAUGCCUGCAAACAUGCCCGCGCACAUGCCCGCACACAUGCCCAUGUCGCCUUUCGAGCAUCGCUUCAGCCUGUCGGACCUAUACCAUGACCACUCAUCCUCGCCCUCACAUGAGUUUCCAUUCCACGACCAUGACAUGCACAGGGAUGCUUUGCAUGGCCAUGAGCAUGACAUGCACAGGCACUCGCUGCAUGACCAUGAGCAUGACAUGCAUGGGCACUCGUUUCAUGGCCAUGACCAUGAGCAUGACAUGCAUGGACACUCGCUGCAUGACCAUGACCAUGACAUGCACAACAUGCAGCAUGUUGGUGCUGGGACGCAUGGCAUGCAUGGUGCUAAUGACACACAUUGCAUGCAUGACUCACACGAUUUGGCAUGA